AUGAUAGACCAAGCUGCUCCGGAUGAUCAUCGGCUCUUCUGUCUUGGUCCCAGAGACGAUGCCUCGGAACCCGAAGUGAUGUCUGGUUUCGACUGCUCGGCGGAAGAGAAGCGAGAGCUCAUCAAGAGAUUACACCCGAACCUAGGCCCCGCGACGUUUGAGGAGCUCGUAUACUCGGAGCAAGUGUCUCAGCUCAUAUGGGAGAAGCUAGACCGCCUGUUGUCUGCUCACGCCGUCUGGCGACCUGGGCAGAAAUGGGCAUACGAGACCAACGAGGAGGAGGCUCAUCGCACCUUCAUCCGGAUCGAGUGCACCCCGGCCGCCGACGAAGCGCAGAUGUUGGAGUCGCUCCAGACUUUCCAGGUCGAGGCCGUGUCCUCUGAACAAGUCCGGUUCGCCCUGAUUGCCGCCGUGUGUUACAGGAACGAGACGACGCCGGUCUAUCGAAUCCGCCUCUUCACUUGCCGAGGGAUCGAACCCCUCCCUCAUUAUGAGGGAAUAUACAGUGAUACCGACUGGGAGUUUGGCGCGGUUGGGCACACGUACUUAUUGCUUUAUGUGCGGAGCAAUAUCCCGCUCGCCGAGAUCACGCCGCACAUGCACAACAUCAUUGCCUGUCGCGUUCCCGGCACGCAUGAGCAUGUGGCGGGAGACGAGAGAAAAAACAGAUACGCAGCAUGA